UUGAAGCGCGUGGAGAGGAACGUCACUAAAUUGGACCAACUUGCUUGAAAAGAAGUUAUGAAAGACCCCAUACGGCUUUCGCUUUUAUUGCACAACCUCCGAAACCAUUUCGCGUUUAUCGUCUAGAGACGGGAGUUGAUAAAAAAAAAAAGACAUAGAGUCGGGACAAAAGAAAGAGCCAGACACGACACUAGCGUCUCUGUUUUAUUGCUGCUUACCUCUAUUAUUCUGUCACAAAGGAAAAACCAAGGAGAGAAGAUCCAAUUGAGAGACAUGCAUGCAAAGACGGACUCCGAGGCCACUAGCAUUGACGCGGCUUUGUCAUGGCCGCCGCGCUCUCCGCCCCGUUCGGCGACUAGACCUCUUUACUAUGUACAGAGUCCCUCCAACCACGACGUGGAGAAGAUGUCAUUUGGGUCCGGUUGCAGCCCGAUGGGUUCUCCCUCACACCCACAUUACUACCACUGCUCACCCAUCCAUCACUCCCGUGAAUCCUCCACCUCUCGCUUCUCUGACCGAGCACUCCUCUCCUACCAGUCAAUCCGCGAAGGAAGCGGACGCCGUCGUUACAUCAACAGCGCCAUCGACGAAGAAACUGACGACGGAGAUGACGACCCCUUUCGAAAUGUGCGUCUCUACGGCUGCUUGCUCCUCUCCUUGUUCCUCUUGUUCUCAAUCUUCUCUCUCAUACUGUGGGGUGCUAGCAAAUCCUACCCUCCUAAAGUUGUGGUAAAGGGGAUGCUGGUGAGGAACUUUAACGUGCAGGCUGGUAACGAUCUUAGCGGUGUGCCCACUGACAUGCUGUCUCUUAAUUCGACUGUCAGGAUCUUCUACCGGAACCCCUCCACCUUCUUCGCCGUCCAUGUCACUGCUCUCCCUCUCCUCCUCCGCUACUCCAACCUCCUCCUUUCCUCCGGUGAGAUGGAGAAGUUCACGGUGGGUAGGAAAAGCGGAAGGAAUAUAGCCACGGUGGUGCAUGGCCAUCAGAUUCCCCUAUACGGCAGUGUCUCUCCCCAUCUCGACAAACUGUCCCUGCCCCUCAAUCUCACUCUCGUCCUCCGUUCCAGGGCUUACAUUUUAGGCAGACUCGUCACCUCCAAUUUCCAUACAAGGAUCAUUUGCUCUUUCACUCUUAAUGCCAACCGCCUUACCAAACCCAUGUCUCUUAUCCACUCAUGUACUCAUCACCACUGACACCACCUUGCACACUUUCUGUGUACUUUGGAUAUAUAUUUUUAUCUUUUGCAAUCAAUCAACAAAUUCUUCCAGGAA